AGACUGGUGCUGAUUUCAUCGCUGGCCAGUUACUGAUAAGCUCGCUGCCUCCGUAAGGAUGUGGCAUAUAUAGUAAAUGGUAGGUUAUACCGUGAGCGUGGGAGUCAGGAAGCAGAGAAGUGUUGAUCCGUACCUUGAAUGCUAACUAGCUUCCUUGGUUAGCCCAUGCGAGUGAUUUUUUGAAGGAUAACCGUUAGCUAGAACCACAGACCGUGUCAAACAAGCGAAAGUUGGAGGCAGACUGAACGCUGUCAGUCGGGAGAGAACCAAGCGAGUGGCAUGGCAGCUCCCCGGCCCAUUAAAGGCAUUUUAAAGAACAAAACCAGCGGGACAACCGCCAAAAAAGACCCGGAGCUGCCGGUGGAGAAGCGGGAGCAAAAAGCGGCACUCGGGGAGCUGGAAGAUGAUCAGCAAAAGAAGUCGCAGAAAUGGGACGAGAUGAACAUCCUGGCCACGUACCACCCCGCCGAUAAGGACUACGGCCUGAUGAAGAUCGACGAGCCCAGCACUCCGUACAACAGGAUGGUGGGGGAAGAGGACGGAGAAGGACUGAGCGACUCGGAGACCAGCGCCGUGCUCACAGAGGACGACCUCGCCGAGAAGCUGGCGACUGCAGAGGCGGUGGAAUCUCGCUUCAUGGCCGAGGUAGAGGAGGAGAGCAGCGAGGAGGAAGAGGAAGAGCUUAGCCCCGAGGAGCAAGCCAAGAAGAAGCAGUUUGAGAUGAUGAGGAAAAUGCACUACAACGAGGGCAUGAACAUUAAACUGGCGCGACAGCUCAUCGCCAGCGAGCUUGCCGAGGAAGAGGACGACGAAGACGCCGAGAUGAAGGACGACACAGAGGCUGAAGAGAUCAGCGUUGACCCCCCUCAUGAUGCGCCCUCCUUGGACUCCUAGAAUGCGGCUCCGCCCCCUUCUCCCUUUGACUUGGUUCCUGUGACAUCAAAUCAAUAUCAGACAGAGGUCAAACGGAACACUGCCACUCGACCCCCAUCACCCCACGUCUGUUUUUAACCCGCAAACCCCGCGAAGCGAAGCCUGUCGAACCACCGCUCGUCUCUUCUGUUGCCAAGAGUCUUACUGUCAUCUCACUGAAGGGGAGGGGGGGCACUGGAGGCUGUUCACAAGGACUGUUGUCUGCAGCAGAGCCGGUCCUGCUUCUCCCACACCCCCGCCCCCCCCACGCUGAGACUGUGGGGGGGAGGGGGGUGGACGUGUGUUUUCACUUUAUUUUAAAGUUCCCUUCAUUUUCUCCCCUCCUUGCCUUGAUAUUGUUUCCUCAUUUUAUUUUCUUCUCUUGUGACUUUUCGUUCACUGGGUAACUGUGUGAUCGUGAAAAGACCCGUUUGAAAUGUCAGUGUACCCAGCCUCUGGGCAGACUGGUUAUAGGUGAUUGGCCACAAGAUUUGCUGUGGUUAAAGGUGAUUGGCCACAAGAUUUGCUGUGGUUAAAGGUGAUUGGCCACAAGAUUUGCUGUGGUUAAAGGUGAUUGGCCACAAUAUUUGCUGUGGUUAAAGGUGAUUGGCCACAAGAUUUGCUGUGGUUAAAGGUGAUUGGCUGUGAGCUUUUGGCCUGGUUUUUUAGACUGCCUUUUAAAUAAUUUCAGAAUCUUUGUCAGAUGCUCUUCCUUUCUCUUGCUUUUUUGUUAGAAUCCCAUCCUCGCUGUGUAAUGUCAUGCUUAGGGGUGGGUUAUUUAUUAAAGUGAGGCGUGUGUGGGCUUGUGCUGCUCGGUCCCGUGCUCAUUGACUGAGUCUCAUUCAUGAUUGUUACAAGCAAAGUGCACUGUAGCUGCAGAGAGGAAAAAUAAAACCAUAGCGUCUCCACUGCUGUUUUCAUUGGCUCAAGCUGGUGUUUUUUUUUUGUUGUAAUGUUUAUCUUUUGGUUAUGAAAAUAGCUCUCUUGUUUCAAUGUAUGGGCUUGAGCACAAGUUUUUAUUUUUAUUUCUUUCUUUAACCACUUGAGCCAAUUGAAACUGUUGUGUGGAAACUCGGUAAUAUGCAAAAUGGGCGAAGAGUGAUCACGUGACCAAAGCGAUCAUGUGACCACUCUCCCCAGUAUUGGCCCAAGUGGCACUGAUGUCACUUAAAUCAGCCUUUAGAUUUUAAGGGGCGUGCAAUAACACCUCUCACACAAAAAACAAAAAAAAACCUUUGAACUACUGACAAGUGGAACUUCAGUCUGUGGUGUGUGUAAAUUACUACUGAUAACCAGGGGUACAUUCAGGACACAUUCAAGUGUUCUAAACCAGAGAUGGAUGUGGACUUAAGCUCCACUUUCAACGUGUGCUACUUGCAGUGGGGAAGGAGCACUUCUUUCACAAGUGCAGCCAAAUGAGUACAAUAAGUCAGACAAUCUGACUGGUUUUCGUAUUGAAGGUGCCCUACCACUGCAAUUAUAUUGUAUAUGCAGUGCAACUACUAACAACUGUAGUUGCCGUUAUAAUUCCAGGCCAUGUGUAAAAGGCUGAUUUACAUAUGAGGAGGAGUGUGGUGGAUGUCCCCUGUCGCUCUUAAGUGUGUCGUGCAGCGGCUGGCUUUGUGUGCGUGGCUGGCUCCUGCGGGAGUGUGUGGCUGUAAUUAAGAUGGCCGCCUCAGCACGUCCAGCCCCUUCACGAUGGCCACGCCCACACUCUGGCCACGCCCACAGAGGGCGUUUCCACUGAAGGGCGUCGCUCACAGUGUUCCAAACUCCCGGGUGCUUUCUGAGAGUGGUUUAAAUAGUGACGGGGAACUUUUUUAUUUUAUUUUAUAAUUUUUUUUGUGAAUGAAAGGUUGUGCUUGGAAGGUUUUUUUUCCCCUGCUCUCUAAUCUGAGGUUUUGCCUUUCCACUUUAUGUUACGGCCCCACCCCAGAAAGACUGUCCACCUUCUGCAUGCUGAAAUUCAUUCGUGUUCCAGGAAAUUCUGCCAGUGUUGACUUUAGCUACUGGAUCUGGUGGCAUUUUGAAAGACUAGGUACCAUUUUCAACAUGUGUGGAAUGAUGUAUAAUACAUAUUAAUUUCUCCUUUUUUCCCCCCUGUUCCAAAUAUAUAUUUCUAUGUAAAGUAUAAAAAAAUGCAGAAACAGGAUUAUAAUGCAACACAGAUGAAUAUCCUGGAUAUCCUCUAGGGGGCGCCAAACUCAUUCACUAUCACAUUGGUUUUUUUUUUUAAGACUGUUGGCUGUCCCAGUGCUUUUACAACACUGUUUACCACAGCCUUAGGCAGGGGAUACUGUCCAGGAGAUGGUUCUCUGAAAGAGUCUGAGGAGGCUUUUCUCACAUGGAGCACAAUUCGAAGUGAAUCCUGUUUGUUGGGUCUUAAUGGGACAUGGGGUCAUAUUUUGUGUCUUUUUUUUCAUGCCAUAAUUAUUAUUUUAAGCACGUUUGAACAAAUGAUCACAAUCAUUUACACUCUGAUCUGACUUUGCACAUUUGUAUGUAUUUUAAUGAAUUGUCUUUGUGUGUACAACAUUCAUUGCAUCAUCCUUAUGGAUAUGCAUGUUUAGCUUCUGGAGUAUACCUGUUCAGCAGCCAUUCCGACCGCUGAAAAGAGUGUUGGAUGUGUGUAAAACAGCACUGUACACAGCAAAAUUGGGCUUUUAGAAGAUUUAGUGAACCUAUGUCUAGAUCUUGACCAAAUUAAAAAGUGUACGGGUUCUUUCCAUUGUAACAGCAUUCAUUGGAAUGAGUAUUAAUACUCAUAUGAUAGAAAAUGUAUUGGGACAAAGUAUUUAUUCUCCAUUGGGUAGGUGGUACAGCACCUUUUCCCUCAACCUGUGUAUUAGGUUCACGUGUGUAGAACAGUAUAAUAUCCACAUGCCCUCUUGUCUUAAUACAUUGUGUCUGUGGUCUUCUGUAAUAUUCCUGGGGGUGUGAUUUUUAUUUUUUUCUUCCCAUAGUACUAUGCCUUCUGGUCAUCUUUAUCCCGAAGUGAUUGGGAUAUUUGCCUUUUUAUCUUAAAUUAGCAUGUUCUUAAACUUAAGGAUGUGUGUUAUUUGGUCUCCAUUAAUAAACGAGGAUGCUACCGUGAAACCAUA